AUGAGCCCAAUGGUACAGGUACCUACUACUGGUGAGAAAAAGGGCGUUGUAUCGGCAGUACCCUUUAGAAUAGUAAGCAAUAUUGAUGACAAAUCUGACCAGUGCAACGAUGAGAUACUAGCACCUGAUUGCUCAACGCCUUUGUCGUCUGCAGACGUGUUGGAAGAUUGUGAUACGCUAGCAGGAGACGGGGGCGAAAACGAGGGUCCAAUUCCAUUUCUAAGCACGAACUUUGAUGAUACCGAAAUUACUGCCCUCUCAGGAGCAAUGGCUGGUUUUCUGGCGGGAAUUACCGUGUGUCCGCUAGAUGUUGCGAAAACGAGGCUACAAGCUCAGCGUGUCCCUCCAGGAUCGGUAGCAUAUUACAGUGGCAUAGUAGGUACAUUAUCAACAAUUGUGCGCGAUGAAGGAGCUAGAGGUCUCUAUAAAGGUCUGGUACCAAUAAUAAUGGGCUAUUUUCCUACGUGGAUGGUAUAUUUUUCAGUUUAUGAAAGAAGUAAAAAGAUUUAUCCACAACUAUUCCCUUAUUCAGAUUUCCUUUCCCAUUCUUUAUCCGCUCUCACAGCGGGUGCUAUCUCAACUUCUCUUACCAACCCUAUUUGGGUGGUAAAAACCAGACUCAUGUUACAAACACACGUAAAUAAAAAUACGACCCGUUAUAAAGGAACGCUUGAUGCAUUUCAGAAGAUAUACCGUACAGAAGGUGUAAAGGCUUUCUACUCGGGUUUACUACCGUCUCUCCUAGGACUUUUUCAUGUUGCCAUACAUUUUCCUGUAUAUGAAAAGCUUAAAGUCUGGUUGCAUUGCACCCAAUUGUCCACAAACAAGCAUGAACACAGUAUUGAUCUGGGAAGGCUGAUAGCCGCAUCGUGUGCAUCAAAAAUGGUCGCAAGCAUGCUUACGUACCCCCAUGAGAUACUGAGGACCCGGAUGCAGAUCAAGAACUCCCCUAUAUCACGUCAACAUCACAAUCUUUUGAGACUUGUACAGUAUACCUACGCUACGGAAGGCCUUCGAGGAUUUUACUCAGGAUUCACCACCAAUCUUGUUAGGACAGUUCCCGCUUCCGCCAUUACCCUUGUAUCAUUUGAGUACUUCAGGAAGUAUCUCAAACGCGCCAACAGCUUCUCUAUAUAA